AAGGCAUCCACAUCGAAGAAAAUUUGGAUAAAAGUUUUGUGGUUUGUUGAGAAUCAUCCUUAAGUUUACUGUGGUUUUUUAUCACCGAAAGGAAAAGUGACCUAUAUGUAACCAAGUGUGUUCACUUGGAAUUGAAGUGUCUAUAAUAGCAUCUGGAUUUUUAACAGAACGAAAAACUGGUGAUUGUUGUACAACCGAGUCUGAUAUCUGGCAACACGGGUUCCACAAUGAUGCAGUUUUUUGGUCUGUUGAUAUUUUUUCACUGCGUUGCAACAGCGAAGGCCGCAAAAGUCGUGGUGAGAACUUCCGGAUCAGCUCUACCGUACACUGGGAAUUACGGUACGUCCAAUCAGUCUUUGUUACUAGCUGAAUUGUUUGAAAAUUACUAUCAAGGAGUGAUUCCAAAAUGUUACGGACUUGACGGACCGGUCGAUGUUAACGUCGGAAUAGCCAUCCGUCAAAUUAUGGACGUGAACGAACGAGAGCAGGUAAUGAAUCUGAACGCUUGGAUACGUUUGUCGUGGACGGAUUGUCAGUUACGAUGGGAUCCCGACCAAUACGGUGGAAUAAACUCUCUGACCCUACCUCACGACAAGAUCUGGUCCCCAGAUAUUACACUGUACGACAACAACCAAGAAAGUGAAGGCGGUUUACCCGGUUUAUCGGAUUACCGACCAACCGUCCACGCAGACGGAACCGUACACUACAAUUUUCCUACUGUUCUACACAGCUUGUGCACCAUAGAUCCUUUGUAUUUCCCUUUUGACACUCAAGUUUGUCCUUUGAAAUUCGGUUCCUGGUCUUUUCAUGGAUUCGACGUGAAUGUAGUGAACAUGACGGACGGAGCGGAUGUCGGGUCGUUUAAGAAGAAUGUGGAAUGGGAUUUAGUCAGUGCAAACAGCGUUCGGCAUGAACUAAUGUACCAGUGUUGUCCGGAACCCUACCCAGACGUGACCUUUUAUAUUCAAAUUGCCAGGAAACCUGUCUCAUACGUCGUCAACAUAAUAUUCCCUUGUAUUCUUAUUUCCGCUAUCGCUUUGCUGGGUUUCAUUUUACCGGUCGACUCAGGUGAGAAGAUCGGUCUAGAAAUUACAGUGCUGUUAGCUCUUGCGGUAUACGCACAAAUAGUCUCCGACUCUUUACCGUCGUCUGCGCAAAUUCCGUACAUCGGAGUGUUCUUUUCUUGUUCGAUGAUUAUGGUGUUUGCUUCAUUGGUAAUAACUGUUUUAGUUUUAAACAUUAACUUCCGGGGUCAACUGGGAAAACAGGUUCCACGUGUGGUAAAAACGGUGGUACUGAACUGGCUGGCUCGAUUGGUUUUCCUGUACAAUUCUGACAACCGCGUCAACCCAGUCCAAAAACUCUACAAAAAGAAGUUUUUAUGUGAAAAGAAUGGCCUAGACAACAAAGCGUUUGUUGAGGAUGAACUGAGUGGAGAAAAGACUAAAAACAUCAAAAAUGGGAAUAACAAUCACGUGAAACAAAUCGUCCCUUCGAUAGAAUCUCCAACUCAGGCUAUGAUCGACGUCAUGAAGGAUCAGCUUUUGAUUCUUAGAGCCGUGAAUUCUAAUCUGCAGGAUAAAGCGGCGGAUGAAGAAAUGACGGGAGAAUGGCAGCUAGUGGCUCUGGUCAUGGACAGGAUUUUCUUCAUUUUGUUUUUGUUUUUCACUGUUAUAAUGUCCUUGACGACCAUUCUAUCAGCUAUGGGAAUGUAGAAGUUGACGACUAUUCUUUCAGCCAUGGAAAUGUGAAUGGACAAAUGCAGAAAUCCAAAAAGAGCUAAUUGUCACUGAAGUUUAGAUUAGAAACCUUAACUCAACUCCUAGUCCUAUCAAGAAGCAUGAAGUCGUAACUCUUGUAUGUUAUAUUAUGACAAAAAUGUUCGGAAUGUGACGCUCUCCAGUCAGCGAGAAAGUAGAAGUGGGAAAGAGAAGAAACACUACCAACUUUAGUUCCCCUAGUGAAUACAAACUAAAACAAAUUUUUAUCAGUCUCUUCAUCCACUGAGCUAUGUUCUGUUUUAUCGUGUUUAGCAGUGACGUUCGACUUUUCACUUUGAUCAACGCUUGGAAUAACUCGCUUUUGUUUUUAAUACGAUACGAAAUCCAUUGAGUUCAUAAUCAACUAGAGGUCUUUUUUAUCGUUAGCCAAUGAAUUGUUUUGGCCUCCUUUUGUGAGAUUGAUAAUUGAUAAAAUGCUAUAUUUAAGAAAAAACAAACGUAACUUUACGUCAGAAACUGUACAACUGCUCGAAGAAAACUUUUAAUGUAAGAUAGUCAAGCGAAAACUUGUGUUUUUAUGGCUUUUAAUCGUGUUUUAUCCGAUGAAAUUAAAGGAAUGCUUUUACAUUUUUUUUUAUUGAUUUUUAUCAUUUUUGUAAUAAACCGUUUGAUAAUUAGAGAUGCAAUAAAUAUAUAUAUGUAU